AUGUCGCUCAAUGGGCUAGAUUCCCCCUCGGUCCUGGAAGCCUACCACCAUGCCUUGGCUGAUGCGGGCGGAUGGUUCUUGUUACACUACACAGCGCGAGAUGAGGUUGCCCUCUUGGAUCGAGGCACCGGCGGAGUCCCCGAUGUCCGCAAUGCGGUCGACAACUACAACGAAGUCUCGCCGCUAUAUGGUUUCUUGCAUUACCGGAGGAGAAAGGUCAUCCUCCGAUACAUGCCGGAGGGACUUUCUCGUCUAUUGCUAGCGCGGAGCAAUGUGCAGUUCCAAUCCAUGCUGGACAAAUUCACUCCCCAUGAUACGGUGCUUCCCAUCACUUCGGCCUCCGAUCUCAAUGAGAGUGCGCUUUCGGCAGCGUGCUUGCUCCACACGGCCUCGGGGUCUGCCCUCUGCGCCUCCAACUCCGUCCGAGGCCGUCGUUUGAAGGAGAUUACAGAGGAUGUGGAAGAAAAUGCCACCAAGGAAGAAGUGCAGGACCAGAGUGCCUUGAACAUGCUGUCGCAAAUACAGCCGCAGACGCAGACGCAGCCUGUUUCGCGACAGACAACAUCACUACCAAAAGAGGAGGAGAAGUCAGUGGCAACCCUAGUACCAUUUCCCUCGAGCCCAUCACGCGAUAUCGAGUACUCGUCUCCCGAUCUGCCAAUCCCUCCCUCAAGGGCCAGCUCUCGAUCUCCGCUCUCGUUCAGCAGUACGGUAGAGCCCCAUGAAGACACCACUUCCCCGAUUUCUCCAAGAUCUCCGCAGUCAAUCACCUCAGAGCAGUCCAGGUACAAGAAUAUCCUCGACGAAUUUCCGCGCCCCUCGGAAGAAAUCCGCAUGUCAUCUCAAUCGGCGCGACCGUCCUUGCGCGAGCUGGAGCGAGCGGCGGGACAUACACACAAAGUGAAGCUGGGUCCUCGUCCUGUCGUCGACCAGAGUGGACGACCUCGCACCUCCGGAAGCUCUCGGAAUUCUGAACAGCGACCGGUUGCCCCUAUGCCAGCGGGUAUGCGAUCUUCCUCCGUGCGCAAACCUUCUCCAAACACUCCCGAUCCGUUCCGUCCUCGUUCCCAAGGCAGCGCCUUUGCGAUCAAGCCAAGUAGUCGCGCGCCCCCGGUUCCGCCUCUGCUUGUCCCUCCUUCGUCCGUGCCCCUGGCACGGCCGCCCCUCUCCCCGGGCGCAAAGUCCUUAGGCGCCCUUUCGACCUCGUCCGGCUUGACCCCGGAGAAAGAACGAUUGAUGAAAGCCCUGCAACAACGGAAAAAGCAGAUGGCGAAGCGGGCCGAGGAAUUGAAGAAGAAGAAGAAGGAGGAGGAGGAGCAGGCAGAAUCGGAGGAGCUUGUUGCGGCUUCCAAGCCAGCAGAUUCGGUGGAUGGAACCAGGCACGGUCCGUCUCUGUGUCUUGGAAUGACGAAUGGCCCAUCGUCGAGAACGAUUCAAAGGUUAGAAGCAUCGCAUGAACCCACAGGCCAAGCGAUCAUUUCCGGACCUUCGGCACCGGUCGAGCAACACGCCGGCUCUACAGCUAAGGCUCAGGUCCAGCUCGGAGACAUGGUGUCUGCAACAACGGCUCAUGCACAGCCCGUCUCUGACGUGCCAUUGCCUGGGUCACGCAUGAGCCACGAUGUGCCUGGACCUGACAUUCAGAUAGCUUCUUCGUCUGACAUGUCGCACUGUGAUUCAGCGGGAAAUGCGGAGGCGUCCAUCAUGUCUGACUCUGAUUGUCAAACCUCGGACAGGUAUGGUGCAAGUGCCGAUACGGACCCCUCACUCGGCUGCGCCGUACCCCUCAUAGACAUCACCAAGGCCGCGUCGCAGAUUUCCCCUGAGAUCGAAGUUUCCGAGCAUGAAUCGGCUGCGGAGCACACCGAAUCCACACCCCCUGACCCAAUAGAAGCUCAGGGUGAGCUAGUCCCACCUAGCGCCAACGCUGAGGUCCCACUCACCGAAGAAGCAGCCAACUUUCCAAAUUCAACGCCAGCUCUGAAGCACACCACUUCCCCUGUGCAACAAUCCGAGAUUGACCCAGUCCUUGACGGGGAUCGCAGGGAAGCACAUACCGCGAAGGCAGGCCUCGCAGAAGUUGACCAAACACACGGCGCUGACAUUCUUUCCCCUGUGGAGCCCUGCAGUAACCCCACAGCCGCGCCUUUAGUCACGCCCGUGGAGGUCUCUGUCGAGCCUGUCGUGCACAAACCGAACGCUUCAGAGGAGGAAUUAUCUUCAACUCCUGCACCAGCAGUACCGCCCUUGGACCGAAGGCGAAAAAAAUAUCUGGAGCCGAUCCAGGUCCCAGCACAAGAAUUCUCCGACGACGACUGUUUGCUGUCGGAUGAUUCGUUCAUGGAGGAACUAAGGUCAGCCACCGUCGAGGAAGCCAGGCCAGUUUCGGUCAAGUCUCCCAAUGGCGGGGAUCAAUCCUGGAAGGGCCCUCGCGCGGCCUCGGGUCCAUACUUGUCAUCCACCACCGCUGGGCAGUCUCUGACUGUCGGUCGCUCGGUAUCCAGUUCACAUGUCGAGAAGGGCUCCCCGUCACCGGUCCUAGUGGCGAAGAAGAUCAACGUGUCGUCUGGUAUCUCCAGCCGGAUCAAAGCUUUGGAGAAAUUCCAGACUCGCGAAGGCUCACCCUCGGGAGCAACUCUAGUGCCUGGCCCGUCCGCCUCUUCAUCGUUCGAAGAAUUACGCAAACGUGCGUCCGUCCAGGUCCCGAACGGUACCACACUGCCAGAUUUCUCUCGUGCACCCAGCGUCAAUCAUCAUGACGUCCGCCCGGUAUCAUCCGCGGCUCAUCGCCGAACGACCUCGGUUUCGGUGACGGCUCGUACCGUCCGUGACAGCAGCGCCUCCCCUGAUUCCUCCGCAGUCCAGUCGCCCGAGGCCGAGCCUCUCGGCCUUCCCUCCAGCUCGCUCACUGUGGAGCAGCAUGAGGUCUCUGAAGCAGAAUCACCAGAUCUCACGGCCGCCAGACCCGCGACAGUGAGUCCGGUUGAGGACCGCAGCAUGUCGAUGUCAUCUGUUGGAUCCUACUUCCACUCCAGCCCUGUCUCCCGUCCUGCAAGUCGAUUGUCCAUCUCGUCGCGCUCCAAAACGGAGGAGAACCCGAUCACAGUGACCCCACCUGAAGAGAAGAAAGACUCCCGUGCCUCUCGCUUGAUGCGGCGAGUGUCGUCGAUCACGUCGACCUCUCGCCGCAACAUUGUGGGCGCACUGACUUCACCCGUCAAGGAGGAGAGCUCUGCGGUCUCACCUCCAGCAGAGACCGUCGUGUCCGCUUCUUCUUCUUCUGAACAGACAUUGUUCGAGCCCGUCGAUAUUGGCGAAGUCAAUGUACAGUUUCCUGGGACAUUACUCUGGAAGCGCCGAUUCAUGCGAGUCGAUAGUGACGGAUAUUUGGUUCUCACUCCCGCUGCUCACGACACCAGCGCCCGCAAUAUGAUCAAGCGCUAUCACUUGUCUGAGUUUCGGGCACCUUGCUUACCCGACGAGGACAUGCAGGAGCUCCCCAAUAGCAUUGUACUAGACUUUUUGGAUGGCAGUACAUUGCAGUGCGCGUGUGAGUCCCGGCAGGGACAGACUUGGACUCUACAAACUCUUCGUGAUGCUCACGGCGCUUAUCAACAAUGA